GUCCGCCCGGCGGGGACCUGAAGCCUCUGAGGGCGAUGCUUGGGCGGGGAGGGGGCUGUUCUUCUGGCGGCGCCUCCCAGCCCCAGCGCCAAGCCCAAGCAAGCAAGUCCCAAGUGAUGGAGGAGGAGGAAGCCCGAGUGGCUCCGGGAGGGGUCCGUCUGCGCGGGGGCAGGGGAGGGUCGCUUCCUCCUCGCUCGCUCGCUCGCGGCCGUUCUUCUGCGGCUUUCUUUGGAAGAGGGAGGGGAGUUGGCGGAGAAAGGCGGCUUCCUGCCUGCGGCGCCCUGGCACGGCUCACUCGGCUAGCCGGUCUCAGGCGCCCAUGCUUUGGUGCCGAGGCUGAGGUUCCCUUCCCACCUUGGGUCCCCAGCUGUGGUUGGACUACAACGCCCAUCAUCCCCGAAGGCUGGGGGUGAUGGGAGUUGUCGUCCCAAAUUGGCUGGGGGCCCAUGGUGAGCCGCCCCGCACCCCCGCUUCUCUCUGUGACCAACGGUGCAGACCCACAGCCCAGGCAGGCCGGCCACGUAGCCCAGCUGCCGCGCAUCCUAGCCGGGCAGCGGAGGGGCCGUUUUCACCUGCAAGCGUCUGGGACUCUGCAGGCCCCUCCCCUUCCCAUUUGGGCGGGGCGGGAUUCUGCACGCGCUCAGAGGCACUGUGCUCCCGGCCCGGGGCGGCCCUGUGAGCGGAAGGGCUGGCCCCGCCUGAAGGCGGCUGAGCGGAGAGUCCCCCGCCUGGGCGGUGGUGGCCUCCAGGGGGCAGCCGGAGGAGCGAGAGGCUCGGAGCGGCUGCGGGAGGGACCCGGGGGCAGUUUCGCUUUCUGUUUCUGCCGCCGCCGCCCGCAAUGGAGGACGAGCCGCCGAAAGAGGAGGACACCUGGCAGCCGCAGCAGCACGGCCAGGAGGAGGAGGAGGAGCAGAAGGACCAGCCCUGCUCCGGAGAGGACGGCGGCGCCUCCUCCGACCCGCGGCGGCACCCGGCGCGCUCACAAGCGCUGGGCGGCGGUGCCAAGCAGGCCGACGAGGCGUUGCUGGUGUCCAGCUGGCUUUCCUGGUUUCUGACCUCCUUUUUGGCCCACAGAAGCUCGGCCGGGAAGGAUCGGGGCCAAGAAGAGGCAGAGAGCAGAACCUGCUCAGUGGCAGAGACAGCAGCGUGCCAGAUGAAACCCGGAUGCUUGGAGUCAGAGCUGCAGGCUCUGAGGUCCUCUACUCACCCCCUGGCCUUGCAGUUUCUCCAGGCCCUGGAGAGGCCCAUCCAAAUCGCUGCCCAGCUGUUUGCUGAGAACCAGCGGCUGCAGCAGGAGCUGCAGAGCCAUCCCGGGGAUCAGGUGACCCACUUGUUAGCGGAGAAUCAGCGGCUUCGGCAAGAGCUGCAGGAACUGAAGAGCAGCCGGAAGGCUCAGGGGCCCCCAAAAGGAACUCGCUAUGUGCCAGUUCUGCAGAGCCGAGUUUUUCCUGUGCAGGUCUUGACCACCGGGCACACAGGUGGCUGUGAAAAGCAGUUCUUGAAUGAGGUGGCUCAGCUCCUGGUAAACGAAAGAGUCUCGCUACAGGCGGAGGAUUAUAACAGGAACGUGGAGGGCUUCCUCUUGCUCUUCUGCCCUGUGGUCUCCCGCAUGGGCACCGACAUCGAGAAUGCCCUGGAGGGACUUGGCUGUAAGCAGAAGGUUCUCUUGGUGGUGCUCCAUCUUAAGCCCAAGGACAGCGGCCAGCCCAUCAUCCACCCCAGGCGGCCGGUGGAGCAUCCAGCCUUGGUGACCACUGUGCACGCCUGCUUCUCCAUCCAAGACGGAUUCUACCCCUCCCCGACCAACAAGGAGGCCGUGGCUUCUGUGGCAGUGGCCAUCACCCAAAAGCUGAAGGAAUAUUCUUGAUGCGAAAUGUCCGCCGAGAAGGGAGGGGCUGACAUCUAGGGGCUUGUCUGGUUUGUCACCUCAAGGGGCCACCCGGCUGCUGCUUGUGUCUCCUGGGAUUCUCCUGUGCUCUGAACCCGCAGACAGAUGUCCCGUGUCCUGUAGCAAGCUCAUGCCUUCAGCUGGGGAGAACUUCAUCUGUUGCCUGUUGUUGGGGUUUGAAUCCAUGCCAUGGCGAACUCUCUCUGCAGGCAAAGUGUCUGGUGCGUCUAAGCUGCCAAGGAGCAGGCAUCCAGUUCAAGGGCUAAUGUGAAGGCUGUGAGCUUCAAGCCAAGCCUGGUCUUUAUUUUUGUUUGUUUUGAAAGAAUUAAUACUCCACCUUUCUUGCAACUGCCAGGCCCCAAAUUUUUUAAAAAGAGCAUCUUAAAUCCAAGUUGUCAAAGGGGGCAUCAUGAACACUUAGAUUCCACAAUCUAAAUUUUGGAAUUAUGAUUAGGUGGAGCGCAAGCAUAGAUGCCAGGGUUUGAAGCACCCUGCCCAGCCUCCAAAAUUAGUCAAGCUUGUCAAGACUGCUGCAAAUAUUAGACAUUUACCAUCCACAGGAGUGCUUUUCAUAAGAAAGGAGAUGCAUAAAUUUACAAAGAUUGUCAUGUGUGACAAUGAUAAGCCUGCCUUUUGUGUAUCCAUGCUGGGAAGCGGUUAUUGGCUACGGAGGUGUGAACAUGGUGUAUCUUCAGGCUUGGUUUUUUUUUUUUUUUGCAAACUAUUUGAGGGACAAGAUUCCGCCCUCCACCAAGAAAAAACACCCCAUUUUUAUUUGAAUCAUUCAUAAUCAUUUAUGAAUAAAAUAUUAUUUAUUUGGAGGGCAGUUAAGAAUUGUUGAAGAUGUGUUGAUUGUGACCCUAUCAAAUACUUUCCGAAUUAUAUGCAAUUUUAAUACAUGGAGUCAAUGUUGGAAAAGCUGAUAGUGAUGAAUUGGGAGGUGGAACUGUGAAUGUGUUUGGAAAAGCUCAUCAAUAUCUCUGUAUUGCAGGCUAUUUCAGUUUUUAAUUAACUAUCAAGGACAACUUUCUAAACUUGCUUAUCAGUGGCCUUAUACCCCCGCAAAGAUCAAGAUAAUGACAUCUCCAACAAUGCACUUCAGCCAAAGGCAGUUGAUUUCAUGCAUGUUUGGUGGAAGGAGAAUGGGAUUAAGCAUUAAGAAUUUAAUUCAGGAUGUUGGGGAAAGGAUUAUUAUACUGGCUAUAGCAACCCAUGUAGAUGGCAGUGGAGGUUCUAAAGAAAAGGAGGGUUCUAGAGGAGGUUCUAAAGAAAUUCACCAUACAAGCCCUGAUUCAUGUGAGUGUCCAUCACUGGGAGACUCAGAUACCAAGAGACCAUGGGCAUUUCUGAAUGACCGAAUGCUACAGGUUAGACUUCCAUAUCCCCUCGAUCAUGGGUGGCAGUUCAUAUCUUUAGCUGCCAGUGAUACAGGUGCAUGGAUAAACCAGCUCUAGAGGUGUAUUCUCUCAGUGGCUCUUAAAGGUAAAGUGUGCUGCAAUUUCGACUCCUGGCGCCCACAGAGCCCUGUGGUUUUCUUUUGGUAGAAUACAGGAGAGGUUGCCCAUUGCCUCCUCCUGCGUAGUAUGAACUGAUGCCUUUCAGCAUCUUCCUAUCUUGCUGCUGCCCAAUAUAGUACCCAAUAUAGUACCCAAUGUAGUACCAGUGGGGAUUUGAACUGGCAACCUUCUGUUUGUGAGUCAAGCAUUUCCCCGCCGGUAGCGGCUUGCCCUAACAAGCCAGUGGGGUGCCAAAGGAGGCCCCUUGGGUGGCUCCCUCCGCUCUCCCCUGCCACACCCCCAGAGAGCCAUGCUUGGCGACCAUGCAGGAGCUGUGCCUGCCAGCCUGAGAGGCAAUACAGCUCUUGGAUGGCAGCGGGGUGGGCGGGGAGAGGGUAGCAACUCAAGCUGCUGCUGCCUCUGGCACCCCUUGGAGCCUUAAGAUGAGCUGCUACUGGUUGAUGAAGACGUCCUCAACCUUGGGUCCCCAGAUGUUGUUUGACUACAACUCCCAUCAUCCCUAGCUACAAGGCUAGGUCUUGUGGUAGCAAGUAUGUAUUGCUAAGCAGGGUCCACCCUUGUUUGCAUUUGAAUGGGAAAGGACAUAUAAGAGUGCAGUCAAGAUAUUCCCCUGAGGGGAUGGGGCUGCUCUGGGAAGAACACCUGUCUGCUUCCAUGCAGAAGUGGUUCCCAGUUCCCUCCCUGGCAGCAUCUUCAAGACAGAGCUGAGAGAGACUUCUGCCUGCAAAUUUGGAGAAGCCGCUGCCAGUCUGGGUAGACAAGACGGAGCUAGAUGGACCAAGGGUCUGACUCCGUAGAAGGCCGCUGCCAGUGUUCUUAAGGCCAUGGUGUGUAGACCCCACCACUUGUUAAGAUCAACUGAAGCGGUCUGCCUGCAGCUGCCAUGGGGUUCAGUUGGCAACUGCUCAGGUUUAGGCCUUUUCAGUAGCCGCUCCUGAGCUUUGGAAGGGGCUCCCCACCAAAAUGCAAGGCUUGACUUGUUUAUCUGCCAGAGAUGUGUUUUGAAUUCAGGCAUCUUGGUUGUAUAUAAUAAUUUUAGUUCUGUUUUAAAGUUCAUCCUAAUUGGUUUUAGUCCUGCCCCAUACAAAGAAGUUUCUGAAUGUGAUUGUUUUUGCUGUAACUGUUUUGGAGGCUGCCUAGUGGAAUGUUUAGGUGGCCGAGAAAUGCCAUCCAUAAAAGAUGCCUGGAAACAGCA